AUGGCCCACGUUAAUCCCAACACUUGCUAUUGGGUCCGGGAAAGAUCGCAGAAGUCGGUGUCGAUGGGAUUGGGCAGUCUGCCGAAAACAUCAUUGUCGGCCGGUACUCCAGACUCGUUGACCGAUAACGAAGGCGGUUUUCGAACACCCAGAAAACCAUCGUAUAGGUCGGCGUUGACACCCGGAGGGUCGAGGAGGAAUUCCAGACCCACCUCCCGUACGGGCAGCAGACCUGGUAGCAAGCCACCGUCUAGGCACGGGUCUAAUUUGUCUUUGGACAGUACAAACGAUACACCCUCGAGAAUACCCAGAAAGACGCCCACGUCUUCCGGACGAAGCUCCGCCCUUUCGACUGCUCGUAAGACCACCUUCAACGGGACCAGUUCAAGACCGCGGACUCCUAGCGGUUUGAGGUUUCCGGCUAGCCCGGCUCCACGGAACGUCAGUACCACCAAAGUAAGGCAAGUGACCAUUGGCGUCGCUCGCACAUUAAGGACCGCUUCUAGGACAAGAACCCCAUCCGGAUCAAACACUCCCGUCCAUCCAGAUCAGCAAACUGCCGUUCAGCGUUUGCUGAGACGAUUUUUACUAAAGUCCCUAUUUCGGAAAAUCUCGACAUAA